AUGCUUAACGUAGGUACGGUCACGGUGGAAGCCCACUAUUCCACCAACUACGUAGAAAACUAUCUCGAUUCGGUAGAGAAUCUACCCGACGAUGUGCAGCGGCAUCUGUCACGCAUUCGCGAAAUCGAUGUCCUCUACCGGGGUCAUCUGCGGGAUGUGAAUAUGUACUGCGACCAAUGGAGCGUCAAUCAAGCCCAAGGAACAGCCGCCGGAACGACGAAAGCCAGUGCGAACGAAGCACCAUCAUCGGCAACGACAGAGCAGAGCAACAUUUUGAAACGGGCCACUUCUCGGAUACAGAAAAGCCUCAUCGCAGCACAGGAGCUAGGUGACGAAAAGUUACAAAUCAUCCAACAACUGCAAGACCUGAUCGAUCACAAAACACGCCAACUCGAUCAGGAUUUCAUGAACCUUGGCAACGAGUUCUUCGUGCGACUUGAUUAUGCCCGGGACGAUAAAACAGACGGAGGUCGGGAUGGAAAUGGUACCACCGUUAUCGGUACCCUGGGUGGUGGCAGUAACUCAAGCAACGGACCGGGCCAAUACGGGGUGACGGGCAACGGAACCGGCAACGGGCCGAAUGCUUCCGGUGGAUAUGGCGUUAGUGGUGCUGGCAAUAACAGUGGCAACGGUGGAAUCGGUUCCAAUUCGCAUAUCAUGCACACAAGCAACGGAACCAGCGGUAACGGAGUGAACAACACACUGGGUGGUGGAAAUGGUUCCGGAAUCUAUGGAGGAAACAACGGCAGCGGUUCAUUGAGCAAUGAGCGAAGUUCGAAACGUGCCCGUAGAACCCGCAAUGACCAGACCGGUGGCUCAGCAAACGGCUCAAAUACACCCAAUUCGAUGUGUGGUGUUAGUGCGAUGGAGGUCGAUCCGAUCGAGGAUAUCCUUGGCGGUAAUAGUGGCGUUGGCAGCGGCGUUGGUAUACUAUCGGGUGGAAGCCCCGGUAACGCAGCGGGUGGAAACGGUGGCUCAGCAGGUAGCGUUACUAUCUCCUCCGGUGGAAAUGGUGGACAAAGCGUAAGCGGAACAGUUAAGCAAGAAGCAGGCACUGGUGGUAAUGGGAAUGGAGGCAACAGUGGCACGGGUGGAUCAGGAAACAGCCAUAAUAUCAUAAGUACGUUAGCACCCGGAUCCGGCCAGAACUCAUCAGCAGGAGGCAACAAUGGUUCUAAGACUGGUAACAACGGUGGAAACGGUGGUACGAACAGCUCCAGCAAUGCUUCCGGCAGCAGUGGCAAUAAUGGUAAUGGUAACGGCAGCAAUUCCGGCGGUGGCGCCGGCAGCAGCAAUUCGCAGCUCAACAAUUCCAACCAGGGUGCUGGUGGUGGCGGCGGUAGUGGUGGUGGUGGUGGGAAAAAGGGCAACGGAAGCGGUAACAACACUGCUAGCGGUAGUGGUGCCAGUGGUGCGAACGCGGGCAAGAAGAAAAAGCGCAAAACAGGAGGUCGGGGAUCGAAUGCAACGCGUGAAGCCCGGGAAGAUACGCCGGCGGCCGAGGAAACGAUCGAUCCGGACGAACCGACAUACUGUCUGUGCGAUCAGAUUUCAUUCGGUGAAAUGAUCCUCUGUGAUAAUGAUCUCUGCCCGAUAGAGUGGUUCCACUUUAGCUGCGUUUCGCUUAUCUCGAAACCGAAGGGUCGCUGGUUCUGCCCGAACUGUCGCGGUGAUCGCCCGAACGUGAUGAAACCGAAGGCACAAUUCCUGAAGGAGCUCGAGCGCUACAAUAAGGAAAAGGAAGAGAAAACGUAA